CGGGGCCGCUCCGCAACCGGCGCCGGGGCCGCCGCGACGCCCUUCCGGCGGGGCCGGAGGCCGCUGGGAGCUGUAGUGCGGCGGCCAUGGCGGAGGAGGGCGACAGGAAGGCCGCGCUGGAGAUGGUGCAGGCAGAUGGGACUGAUGGGAACUGCAUCACGUUUGUGUUGCAUGAUGAGGAUCACACACUCGGCAACUCCCUCCGGUACAUGGUGAUGAAGAACCCUGAUGUGGAGUUCUGUGGCUACUGCAUCACACAUCCCUCCGAGAGCAAGAUCAACUUCCGUAUCCAGACCAGAGGGACCCUUCCUGGUGUUGAGCCCUUCAGGAAAGGACUGAACGACCUGAUGGGUGUUUGCCAACACGUGCUCAACACCUUUGAGAGCAGCGUGAAGGAGUUCAGGGCCCAGAGGGAGGAAGAGAUGCAGUAGCAUUUGGGCAUGGCAGUGCCUGUGGAUAGGUCUGACAUCUCUGUGUUGAAUUCCCAGUGUCAAGCACGUUGGGUUGGUUGAGGUUUUUUUAUUGCUGUGUUGAUACAAACCUGUAUUUUCUCUAAUAAUAAAGUUUAAGAAGUUUGCUGAGCAGAGGGGUGGAAGGUGCCAGCUGGGAGGCAGCUCUUUCACUCCUCUUUCCUUCUCCAA